AUGUUCUCUAACAUCAUCCGCUCGGAACAACGACAUGGGGGAGACACAGUGACGGUCACUGACCCUCGAACCCUCACCGAGCUUUGGCCGGUCCCAAUGGCCACUGAAAACGACUUGGACGAGGCGGUACAGGCAGCCCGUGAGGCAUUCCCCAUCUGGAAAGCCCGGCCUCUGGAAGAUCGACAGCAAUGUCUGCACCGGAUGGCAGACGAGCUGGAGACUCGACAAGACGAGCUCCGUCCUAUCCUUGCCAAGGAGUCAGGCAGAUCGGAUGUCCUGGCGAAAAUUGAGAUUGACGAUGCCUUGCGAAAACAAAGACUCUACUUCUCUUUCUCUCUUUCCCUCUCUGUCGAGUAUGAGGAUGAAUCCGUCCGAAUCGUCUUCACGUAUCCUCCGCUGGGGGUGGUCGGCGCCAUAUGCCCGUGGAACUUCCCGCUGGUGUUGGAGGUGGGCAAGGGUUUAGCGGCCUUGGUUAUGGGCAACUGUGUGAUCGUAAAGCCCUCCCCGAUGACCCCGUACGCGACUCUGAAAUUUGUUGAAUAUACACUAGAUAUCCGAGUACUCCAGGCGCUGAAUGAGAGCAACGAGGUCGGGGCGCGCAUGACCACCCAUCCGGACAUCGACAAAAUCAGUUUCACCGGAUCCACCGCCACGGGCCGCCGUAUAGCAGAAAGCGCGGGGCGGUCGCUCAAGCGCGUGACGCUGGAGCUCGGGGGCAACGAUGCCAGCAUCGUCUGCGCUGACAUCGAUGUGAACGAGGUGGCCGCCCGAGUGGCCCAAGGGUGCUUCUUCCAUGCGGGUCAGAUGUGUGUGGCCACCAAGCGAGUCUACGUCCACCGCGACGUCCUGCCGCAGUUCCGCUCCGCCUUCAUCGCUGCAGUUCAGAAGAUCGUCAUCGACCGCGCGGCCGAGCACUCCCCGCUAUUCAGCCCGCUGCAGAACCGCAUGCAGUACCAGAUUGUUCAAGACUUCCUCGCUGAUAGCGCCAAACAAGUUCACACCUUCUCUGUGGGCGGCCCCGAGCGCGACGGGAAACCGCUGCCGGGGUUGUACAUCUCCCCAACCGUGGUGGAUCGUCCGCCCGACAAUGCCCGCAUCGUCCAGGAAGAACAAUUUGGGCCCGUUAUCCCCAUUCUUGAGUGGUCCGACGAGGCCGAGCUCAUCCGCCGCGUGAAUGCCACCGAGAGCGGGUUGGGUGCCUGUGUCUGGGCGCUCGAUGUGGCGACGGCGGAGCGCAUUGCACGCCAGCUGGAGGUCGGAACGGUAUGGCUCAAUAGUUUCGCAAACCCCCACCCCCAUGGAUACUUUUCGGGUUGGAAACAAAGUGGAAUUGGAGGUGAAUGGGGACGUCAGGGUCUGCUGUCCUAA